AUGCCUUUUGAAACCGAAUCUCAUCGUCUUCUUCCUCGCCUCUCCAUGGAUCUACAAUCGGCCCAAAAUCACAAGCUUUGCAACCAUUUUUGGCAAUCUUCCUCCCUCUCUGUGAAAGAGCUCUGCAAAUCGAUUUCUCCCAACUUCAAUCUCUCUUCUUCCCUGCCCCGUAACCUCCGUCGGCUAUGGAAAUCGUUAGGGAUUGACUUCUACUUCCAUGACAUUGUUAGUGGUGAUAACUCAACUGCCAUUAAUGUUGCUGAAGUAGCAUCUACAAAGACAUCACCAACAGGGUUUGGUAUGAUGAGAAUGAUCGACGAUCCAUUAACGGAGAGGCCAGAGGUUAUGUCGAAGCUCGACGGAAGAGUUCAAGGGGUCUAUGCAUCUGCAUCACAGAGUGACUUUGGGCCAUGGAGAAGAGAGAAUUGA